UAUGAUUUAGGAAAUAGAGAAAGGCGCAAAAGCAAAGAAGAAAGAUCCUUUCUGAUCCCUGGAUCCGCACUGGAUCCUCCUCCAUUUUCGACGCAUCAGAGAAAGAAGGAGAGAGGCUGAGCGGUUCGCGUGUUUAGAGACUGGUCUGAGGAUUGUCUGAUUCUGGUCUAAUUAAGGAAACUUUGAAGAAGUAGAAAUUGGGUUUUAAAGGAAACAGUUUCCAAAACCCUAAGAAACUGUUUCCGAUUAACAGUCGGAACUUCUGGGAGAGUUUGAUUGCUUCUUGGGUUUCAAUGGGUUUUCUUAAGAAGUUGGCGGGUGUGUUUGGAUUUGGGCAGGAAGUGGUGAGAAAUGAGGAUGAUGAUGGAGGAGACGGUACAGGAAUAGAUUCCGGCGACGGAGAUAAGCGGCGUGGAGAUAACCAGCCGAGAUUUCGUGAAACCGGACUACCCAGAAAAGGAUUCGGAGUUCCGGUUCAAGUCGCCGUCGAAAGGUCACAACUUGGUCCUGUUCUUCAGCCUUGCGCCGCCAGAGACGGUGGUAUUCAGGGACUAAGGUGGUAUACAAAACGGCUAAGGGUCGAUGAAGAUGGAGAUGUUGCGGAUGAGUUUUUGGAAGAAGGAGAGAAACAGACAAACGCUGAAGAUGAUAACGUAAAGACUAUGCCAAGACUCGAAGCCAAGCGUAGAACAACACCUGCUAAAGUAAGAAGACUAGUUGUGUCUUCUAAUGGGAAACUCCAGCAAUGCAUCGAACAUCAAGGAAGAUUACUUAUAGUAUGAAUGGUCUGAACAACACGGAGAGGUUUAGGACAGGGUUUUGUUUCUUCAGCAUUUCCGAUCAUGGUAUCAAACAAUAGAAGAACACUUCUUGUGAUGAUUAUUGAUUUAGAUUCUGCAAUGAGGAUUUGGUUUUUGAUUCUUGAGCAAAACAAGACCAGUUUUUUAUAAUUAGACAGACACAUAGUUGAUCUAAUGGAUUAUGUAAUUUGUAUUACUACGAGUUAUUCUGUGUUUAUACAUAUAAUAUGAUCAAAUCUCUUUUGGUUUUUUAUCA